AUGGGCUCAAGAAAUUCCAGCUUCUCGGACUUGGAGAACUUGGCAGCGUACGAGCAGCACAUGUUUAUGGUCUCGCCGAAUUUGCAGAUGACACAUGGCCACAGCGAUAGCGAAAUGGUCGGUCACGAUUUUGAUGCGAAACGAAGAAAAGUCCCGAACCGGGCGAGAUCGGGGAGCUGUAUCGAUGCAUUUCAGUAUAAUAAGCAAGUGGAAAUGCAGGCGCCAUGGAUAAGAGAAUAUCCGUCAGAGAUAGAUGGAAUGCGAGUUGAAAUCACAAAACAACCAGUUAACCACCGAGCUCAAUACAUUGGCGAAGGAUCUCGUGGGCCAGUCAGAUCCACCAAAGGCCACCCUCAACUGCGAGUCUCUGGAGUGAUCGGAAACAUCGUCAUACGAGUCUAUCUCUGUAUCGAGGAUGAUCCAGUGCGAUAUCAUCCUUUUUACAGAGUUUGCAAAGUGCUGAACAAAUUGAACAACGGAAGUCAGGGAGUUCAAGCGGAAAGAACUCUCGAUAAUGCCGUCAUCAUCGAGCAAUCUCACGUCUGCACAUCGAAAAAUGAGCUGAUCGACAUCAACAGCGUUGGAAUCCUCAAGCUCAAAAACUCGACUGUCGAAGCAGCUUUUGGAGCAACUUUUUUCACACCGAGAAGCACAAAAGUGCGAAUCGCCUUCAUGGUCCAACUUCCUGACAGAAGCGUAAACAACAUUAUCCAAGUCCUGUCCGACCCCAUUUGCUGCAAUCAAAUUUCGAGCGAUCCAGUGGUAAUGCGAUCUUCAAUUGACAAAGCUCCCGCCACGGGAAACGUAGAAUUAUGGCUCAUUGGGAAGCAUUUCAGACAUUUGAAAGUGUUUUUUCAAGAGCUCGGCUCAGACGGAAAAGUUGUGUGGAAAGCAGAAGCGACCGUCAACAAAUCAUUUCUAGCAGCGAAUCAUUUGAUCUGUAAUGUCCCGGAAUACUGCAACACGAACAUCAAAGAGCCCGUCAAAGUCCAAGUCUACGUCCAAACUCAGUACAAAGAGCAAUUCCGGACAUCCUCCACAGUCGAUUUUACAUACACUCCCGUCAGACAAAAUGAGAAUAUCUUCGCCAAUCAAACUCGCAUUAGCGACCCUUCUCCGAUUCACCGAAACGAGCCGACAAUGCGUCUGAAAGACAUCGGAAAAACUGACAGUUUUGACCGAAUGAUCAACGCCCUGAAAUUCUCUGUUGACCAGAUGACCAAUUCAGGGGAAGAGGAAUCGUACGAAGAAGGAAUGGAUCAGAUGAAGGAGGCUUGCCUGGCUGGGUGA